UGUGCGAGCUACAUGCUAUGUGGUGGUUACACACCACUUUUUCUUGGAGGAUCUCAUCCAUUUCCACAAGAUGGCAUCGUCACUCGAGAAAUCUAUGGCUCCAAUGGUUAUGUGGCUGAUAGAAGACAGUGCAGUUCCCAAAGAUCAAACCCAAUCCAAGUCAAAGCCUGUCCAGGAAAUUACUACGUCUACAGACUCGUCAAGCCAGCAGUGUCAAUUCCAAAGCCCACAUACUGUGCAGUCGCUUUCAACACUCCCAGUUAUGAUCCCUGCAACAACUACACUUCUUUGGACCAACCCUGGAGAGCCACUAAUUCAACUGGGACUUAUACCUGUGACAAGGACUUUAACUGGAAUGGCUGGUACCGGUUGAUGUAUAAUGGGAUGAACAUCCGUAUGCCAGAAAGCUGUGUUGAUGAGAAUAAAUGUGGUACUAUAACCCCACUGUGGCUGAAUGGAUCUCACCCCCAGAUAGAGGAUGGAAUCGUCACCCGCCUUGUCUGUGGGAGGUCAGGAAGUGACUGCUGCUACUACAGAUCUGCCCCAAUUCGAGUCAGAGCAUGUCCAGGAAACUAUUAUGUCUAUGAGUUUGUCAGGCCAACAUUAUUCUGUAGUGCUCACUGUGCAGAUGUGAGCACCAUAAUGUUGAUCUCUACCACAACCAUGGCAGCCAUUAGUACGAAGCUGAAUACAACCACAGUUACUUUUAAUGAUCCCUGCAACAACUACACUGCUCUGGAUCAACCCUGGAGAGGCACUAAUGAGACUGGACUAAGUAUCUGUGACAGAGACUUCAACUGGAACGGCUGGUAUCGGCUGCUGUAUAACGGGAUGAACAUCCGUAUGCCGGAGAGCUGUGUUAAUCAGUACAGAUGUGGUACUGACAUCACUCUGGGGCUCUGUGGUUCUCAUCCUCAGAUAGGAGAUGGAAUAGUCACACGUGGGGUCUGUAUCAACUCACUGUGGAUCUAUCGGUACUAUUACUACUACUACUACAAUGGCUACAGGGACAGCUUCAUGUCAAUUCGAGUCAAAGCCUGUCCAGGAAACUAUUACGUCUAUGAGUUCGUCAGGCCCAAUUUCUGCAAUGCAGCUUACUGUGCAGAUGUAAACACCAUCACUCCGAGCAUUGCCCCAACAGCGAUAACCGGUACUGCAGUGACAGCAGACAACAUCACUUUUGACCCCUGCAAUACCUCCAGUGUUCUUGAUAAUGACUGGAGAUCCAUCUACAACAGUUACCGUGGGUAA